AUGCAACAUUCGCAACUUGCCCCGCUCCCGAACAAUGUGCCCUUUCGCAUCGUGUCCAAAACCAUUGGCCAAGGCGCCUACGCCUGUAUCAAGAAGGCCUGCCCCCUAGAGGAUGACAACUUCGUCUUCGCAGUCAAGUACAUCCACAAAGAUUACGCCGCGCGCCACGGAAAGAUCAAUGCGAGACAAAUAGCAAUGGAGGUCACCGUGCAUAAGCAUGUCUCUGAUCACAACAAUAUUAUCCGAUUCUUCUCAACGGGCGAAGACGAAGUGUGGCGCUGGAUCGCAAUGGAGCUGGCCGAGGGCGGGGAUCUCUUCGAUAAGAUCGAGGCCGACGAGGGUGUCGGCGAGGAUGUUGCCCACGUCUACUUUUCACAACUGGUCAGCGCAGUGAGCUACAUGCACUCCAAGGGUGUUGGACACCGAGACAUCAAGCCGGAGAAUAUGCUGUUGACCGGGGAUGGAAACUUGAAGAUCGCGGACUUCGGCCUCGCCACACUGUUUGAGUACAAGGGAACGCGGAAGCUGUCGACCACCUUCUGUGGCAGUCCGCCGUACAUUGCUCCGGAGGUCAUCUCCAACAGUACCAAGGGCGCGAACAAAGGGCACGGGUAUCAUCCUGAUCUCGUGGAUAUCUGGUCCUGUGGGAUUGUGCUGUUCGUCCUUCUGGCGGGUAACACGCCGUGGGACAGUCCGACGGACGACAGUUUCGAGUACCAUGAAUAUGUAGCUACGAAUGCGCGAACAUCCGAUGAGCUUUGGCAAAAGUUACCUCCCGCGACGUUAUCAUUGCUGCGCGGGAUGCUGACUGUGGAUCCCAAGAGUCGUUUCUCGCUCGAGGAUGUACGACGACAUCCUUGGUACACCCGUUCGAACAAAUUCCUGUCCAUUGAUGGCAAGUUGAGAGACCCGAUCAACCUCGCUACUUCGAUGUUCGAGUCUCUCCAUAUCGAUUUCAGUCAAGAUCCACUGUCCCAACCACGGAAGGGCGCCAAUCGCAGCUUCGACCCUAUGGACAUGGACAUGGAAGACAAUACAGGCGCAGGAUUUUCUUCCACGCAACCAGAGAUGUUGGGCGGUGGUAUGACGAUGGACUGGGACAAUCCCCAGGAGGCAGAUGUGUUCUCCUCCACGCAGCCUAUGGGAAAACAGUUCGCUUCGCAAGGCGCUGUCAUGGCGGGACACCUCGAAGACGAACCUUCCAUGUCACAGUUCUCGCAACAGCCCGCUGUGCCAGUGAGCCGAACUCAGAACGCGCAAAAGUUCCGGGAUAUCAUUCCCUCGCGCGCCAUGACGCGCUUCUACUCUUCAUGGGAGCUUAAGCUUCUCGUCCCACUUAUCUGUGAGGCGCUUCAUCGAUUGGGUGUCCCGGUUCCAAGUGUGCCUGCUGUGACUGCUGGGGAUACCUGUGCGUUGAUCCGAGUGGUUGCCAAGGACGGUAGGAUGUGUCCACUACAGGGCAAAGUUCUUAUUGAGUGUGUUUCGGAGGGUGUCUUUGAAGUCGAGUUCGUCAAAAUGAAAGGUGAUCCUUUGGAAUGGCGUCGGUUCUUCAAGAAGGUUGCUAUCCUCUGUAAGGAUGCUGUCUUCAGGCCGGAUGAGUAG